GCCUCCUUUCCCUGCUCCGGGUCCCCCGUCGUCUCAUCCCCGUCCCGUCCAGUGCCCAACGAUCCCGCCCCCUUCCCCCCCACUCUCGGAGGGAGUAGGAGUCGGAGGCCGGGGGUGGGCGGUGUGCCGCGUCGGGUCCUGAGGUGGUGGUGACAGAGCGCUUCGCGGGGCUCUUUCCCUCCGCGCCCCCCCCCCCCCCCAUAUUCCGGUCCCGGCCCCCGCCCUCUCCCUCCCGGUGCCCCUCGGCCAGGAUGAACCGGAGCAGCAGCAGCACCCCUACCACCGCCGCCGCCGACUACCUGCUCUGCACCAACUGCCGGAAAGUGCUGCGGAAGGAAAAAAGAAUCAGAGUAUCUCAGCCUUCGACAAGAGGACCAAGUGCCUUUAUACCAGAGAAGGAGGUUGUCCAAGCAAAUACAGUAGAUGAACGUACUAACCUCCUUGUGGAAGAAUACUCUACAUCUGGGCGCCUGGACAACAUUACUCAGGUCAUGAGUUUACAUGCUCAGUACCUAGAGUCUUUUUUGCGCAGCCAGUUUUAUAUGCUGCGGAUGGAUGGUCCCCUUCCUUUACCAUACCGACACUAUAUUGCUAUAAUGGCUGCAGCUAGACACCAGUGUUCUUACCUAAUAAACAUGCAUGUGGAUGAGUUUCUGAAGACUGGAGGUAUUGCAGAGUGGUUGAAUGGUUUGGAAUAUGUCCCACAAAGACUGAAAAAUCUCAAUGAAAUAAAUAAGCUACUAGCACAUCGACCCUGGCUGAUCACAAAAGACCACAUUCAGAAACUCGUCAAAACUGGAGAGAAUAAUUGGUCUUUGCCUGAACUGGUACAUGCUGUGGUCCUGCUGGCACAUUAUCAUGCCUUGGCUAGCUUUGUUUUUGGUAGUGGCAUUAAUCCGGAGAGAGAUCCAGAUACUUCCAAUGGAUUCAGACUAAUAUCAGUCAACAACUUCUGUGUCUGUGAUCUUGCCAAUGACAACAACAUAGAAAAUGCAUCCCUUAGCAGCAACUUUGGGAUUGUGGAUUCUCUGAGUGAGCUAGAGGCCCUAAUGGAAAGAAUGAAGAGGCUUCAAGAAGAGAGGGAAGAUGAGGAAGCCUCCCAAGAAGAAAUGACUACUCGUUUUGAGAAGGAGAAGAAAGAGAGUCUUUUUGUUGUUUCUAGAGCCUUUGAUGACGAUAUAGUUUCAACAUCUGAUGUCUCCAGAUAUAUUGAAGACCCUGGUUUUGGGUACAAAGACUUUGCUAGACGAGGAGAAGAGCAUUUGCCAACAUUCCGAGCUCAGGACUAUACCUGGGAAAAUCAUGGGUUCUCCCUGGUUAACAGGCUUUACUCUGAUAUUGGUCAUCUUCUUGAUGAAAAGUUCAGGAUGGUCUAUAAUCUCACCUACAACACUAUGGCCACUCAUGAGGAUGUGGACACGACCAUGCUGCGACGAGCUUUAUUUAACUAUGUUCAUUGUAUGUUUGGAAUCAGGUAUGAUGAUUAUGAUUAUGGAGAAGUUAAUCAGUUACUUGAACGAAGCCUGAAGGUUUACAUUAAGACAGUGACUUGCUAUCCUGAGAGGACCACCAAGCGCAUGUAUGAUAGUUAUUGGCGUCAGUUCAAACACUCAGAAAAGGUUCAUGUAAAUCUGCUCUUAAUGGAAGCCCGCAUGCAAGCCGAACUUCUGUAUGCUCUUCGCGCUAUAACUCGUCACUUGACCUGAGUCAUCAUUGCAGAGAAGCGCCACGUCACAGAUGUGUGAAAGACCUUUUCACAGAAGAUACGCACCAGAAGCUGCUUGUGAUGUAGCAUCAAAAAAUGAUUCAAUUCUCUAGUGUCCAAGUUUAGCCGUGUUUUUUGUUUUGCGGCUGUCAUGUGCAAUGAUGUGUUUUAUUUUUCUUGAUGCUUAACAUUACUAAUGAUAGCAAACAUAACACUGAGGAGCACUACUUUACAUCAUUUCUAGUUGAAUUUUUUUUUGAUAAUGGUUACAAAUCAUGAACCUGCUUUGUUAAAGCUUAACUUCAGUGCUUUGAGGUGUGUGUGUGUGUUGUGUUUUUGUUUGUUUUCUUCAAGUAUAGGAGAAGCGCUUAUGUUCUGUUGAAGCCAUCAUUGUUCAGGUUAUUGGAAUGAAUCCAGCUAGGAAUGUCCCCAUCUGGCCAUUCUCAGAUCCUAAUGCUGUGUCCUAAGGCUGGCAGAGGAAAAGCAUGCGCUGGGGAGCCGAGCUGCUGCUCGCUGGGUGCUUCUUUGUCUCCAGGAGAUUAUUUGUCAGGCACUGGUUUUUCUACAGCUAUUGGUGAUAUCGUGAAAUGUGAUGCAACCAUUGUCCACAGUUUAAUGUGAAAUUAAUCAUGAUGAAUUCUCUAGCAUGCUACUGAAAUGCCAAAUUCAGCCAUUUUCCUUUCCUUUGUGCAACAGAAGUUUUAGUUCUCCAUUUCAGAUGUACAUAUUAAAGUGGAAUUAUGCACAAUCCUUUCUAUCACUGACAGUGACCCUCAGUCUUCUGAAGGCAAGAGUGCUUGCUUACAGUGCUGCUUACCGUGCACUUAGUGGGCACCUGGACACUUUCAUACACACAAGACUGACCAAAAAGUUUUUCUUUGCACAUUUUUCCUUUCUCAUACUGCUUUUCUCUAUUGUGAAAAGCAAAGGAAGGCUAAUAUAUUUUUCCUGUUAGGUCUUUAGGAGUUAUUUCCCAUAAUUUUCAUUCAUUUAAUAAGUUGAACAGUUUAUUCAAAGGUAAAAAUUGUGUUUCUAUGCAUUAAUGUGAGUGAACAAAAAAAGAGUGCAAUAUGUUUUUUUCUAAUUAAAACCACCAACUUUCCCCCUAUUAUGUCACUGCAAAAGUGUCCUUCUAAGUAUAGCCAUAAAGAAAUUCUGAGUCAAAUUUCUUUAUUGCACAAGGCUUAACUUUUCUGUUUUACCUUACUGGAGUUGAACAAUCUGCUCUUUAAAUGCCAAAGCAUCCCCUUCCCCAGAAAAAGCUCUUUAGACAACGGAGAAUAUCCAAGUGGGGGGAAGUUAGCUGCCAAAAAAGUCAUCUUUUAGCAUUUGGGUUUUUUUCUUUGCUUGACUAGACUAUCUUCAGAGAGCACAAAAUUUCUGUGUUUAUAGCUUUACUUUGUGUUGUGUUGAUGAACCAGUGAAGUGCCUAAAGAGAUGCUUACACCUAUCCAGUAGGACACAACCACACUGCUUAAGUGUUUUUAGGUUAAAGGUGACUUGAUUUUUUUUUACACAUACAAGCGUUCUAAAAGAAUUUUCAGUUUUUCAUGGAAAGUAUACGAAAACCCAGAUUAGACAUGGAGAUUUCAUUUGAGACUUUCAUUUUGGUCAUCUUUAAGUAGGACUAAUUUUUUUUUCCAUGCAGUACUCAUGGAUCCGUAAGUUACUAAAACCCAUAUUCCCCCUUUCAUUUCAUCAUCCCUUUGCUGUGACAAGACAUUAGACUGUUUUGUUUUGUUUUUUAGUUCCAGAUAAGAAAAUGAAAAAAAUGAUUGUAAAUGUAAUGGAAGAUCUGCAUUAGGGGAUUGCAGACUUUUGCUUGAAAUCCUCCUUGUGAGGAAAAAUCAUAAAUUUUUAUGAAGACAGGGUGGUUUAUUUAAAGAGAUUAUUCAAAGAACUGCAUACCAGAAUCUCUUCUGUGUUUUUUUUUAUUACAUAGGCUAUAUUUUGACUUUAUUCAUUAUCACAUAUAUAAAUAUAUACACACACAUACACAAUUAACAACUAAGUUAUUCAGGAGAAUGGCAAGAGGCAGACGACGACCACAUAAAUGUCAGUUUGACUUAGCGAUGUAGAUGCUUCAAGUCGAGGAUACCUAAUACUCUUGAUAUUUUUUUAACUGAAGUUCCUUCAGUUGGUAGCCCCACUUUUGUUGCAGAUAAACUGUACUGUAGUAUAAAAAAUUUUACUUCAAAGACGUGAAGGGAGGAGUUCUCACAGAUCAUCAGAGGAGUUUUUAGAAAACAAGGUGUGAAACAAGGUUUAGGUAACUAAUAUAACCACCUGAUGAUAGUUUUCUUUCCUGAAACUGAAGUAUCUGGAGUUUGGAAUAUGGAAAUAUUAGUGCCUUUACUCGAUCUCUUAUCUGGCAGAGUUUCCUUUGAGCUCAGCAUUCAUCUUGUCAGUAAUGGGGAAGGUAGAUGUGGAAUUAUUAAUAGAAAAUAAAAUUAUGUCAUUGUGAACCUCAAAGUGAAUCAGCCUAGAGAAAUUGAUUUCUGAAGGUGCCAAGGCACUUUCUAUAAUGCAACAUGCACAGCAUUCUAAGUGGUGAAUGCCAUAUUACAUAUUACGAGUUUGCUGUUACCUUUCUGCAUAUAUUGCAAACUCGAAAUUCUGAUGCGGUUUUCCAGGGUGGUAUUUUUUCAGAGUAUUGAAUUUACUAUGUAAUGAUUUAUAGUAUAGCUUUUAUACUCAAAUGUAAUAUUUUUAAAAUACACAUUUGUUCAGAAUAGAUGUAAAGUUAUGAUUAUACCAUAUGCUUACCUACACCUUGGGCUCACAUUGUGCCAAACUUAAACGUGCAAAUGUAAGUUUUAAAAAAAUAUUCGUGUGAAUGUGAAUCCUUGAACUUUGUUAUUUAUGUUCUGAAAAUUCAUUUUAACAGCCCUUGAAGCAAAUGUUCAGCUAUCCCAGUUUGCCCCAUUAAAAUCUUAAGUCAAGACCCUCAGCUGAUAAGCAGAGUGCUUAGAUGAAGGAACUAGGCAGAUACAAGAGAAUCUUCCAAUCAGAUAAACCUUGAAUUAUAAAAUAAUUAGAAGGGAGGAAUGAUGCCUUUGAGAGAGAACUACUUGUUAACUGCACCUCUUUGAAUUAAGUUCAUAGCCAGCACCCCCAAAAGGAUCGCAGUCACAUCUUGUGAUACAUUAUGAGGCUCACAGACAAUUAAGGUGGAAUCUUGGGGGAAAACCAUUUGCCUUUCAUUGUAUCUUUAGAAUGCCAAAGCGUAAUUGAACAACAUAAGGUUGUAGCUUAGGCUUAGUUAUAUCCCCUUGUUUAAUUUUUAAAAAUUGUUUCCUAUGAGAGUGAGCAUUUGAAAUGUAUUAAAAAGCCAGAUAGCAUUGUCUCACAGCCACCUUUUUCUUUCACACCAUAAGUGAUUUUUCUCUGACAAAAUCUUCUCUUUAUCUGCCUCAGUAAAAUAAAAGGAUUAAUGAACAUAAUUGAAAACAAUGUAGUAGGUCACCAUUCUGAGGCAGUCUUAUGCAUAUAAAAUAGUAAGUUUUUAUUAAAGCUUUAAGGACACAUCAGUAGGAAAAAAGAUUAAAUUUCAGUGCGUGUUAUAGAAGUGAUUUUGCACUCUGGUGGUAAAAUGAGCUUAUUUUGUUUUUAAAAAAUGUAAAUCAUUAUUUCUCUGGAAAAGCGAGACCUUAAACUCCUCUCUGUCAAAUAGGACUUUUUAAUUUCUUAUGCAAAUGAUAUGGUCUUGCAAGAGUAAAAAGUAUGCAACAGGAAAAUAGUGUAAAUUAUAUAAAUAGAGUACUUUUAUAGAUAUAGUUUAAGCCACAGAAACUACUCAAAAAAAGAAACACAUGGUUCCUCUAUUCAGAUUAAGUUUUAAAUUGUGUAAUUUCUAUGGUCAGAAUCUUCUCUAUUCUCUUUCCCCUGUGAAAUCUGGGAUUCAAAUUUAGCAGUCCCUCCCCUAAAAAGUACUGUAAAGUGAAUGUAUUCAUCUCAGUCAACAGAAUGCGAGUGACUGUUAAAUGUGGAGCUCGUUUUAGUAUUCAUUUGGCUUACUUAGCAGAGUGUGCUCAGUUGAAACUAAGACAGAGAAUGAAACAGGUUAUGGACAUGGAAGCACUGUAGUAGAACCAUGUGAGAAAAGAAUUCUAUCCAGAAUCGCCUGGACUUGGAAAUGUUUCAGGGAACAUUUGGAAUAUAAUUCUUAGUGUAUGUCUGUUCUCAAUAGAGUGCAUGCAAGACAGAAGUAAAAUUUUCAGUGUGGGAACUCCUACAUGCAUAUAAUCUUCAACUUUCCUGCCUGCUUUAUCUUCCUCCAAGUGCCUCAGCCUUUCACCUGCUUCCCCCAGCCUAUCUAGUCCCCAGACCAUCACCAGCCAUCUGCUUAGAGCCAUCAGCUCCUUCUUGUCUUCAUCCUUCCAGAAAAUGACUUUGUUCCAUUAAGCUUCUUAAAUCCCUUCGCCACCCAGAUAUCUUCUGUCUUCAGAUUUGUCCCACCACCCAGACUUUGUCCCAGAUGCCAUUUUUUGUCUUAGAAAGCACCAGACUAAACUUUCUGGACACUUCAGUAAUGUAUCCUGACCCUACAGAUCCCAACCUGCCAAUAUUUCUCUUCUCCUCUACCUCAUCUCUGAAGAGAGUAUUAAAUCAUGAGUGUCCAGCAUUUUUGUGGAUUUACUUUUUAAAGAGGUAACCAGUUAUUCAGGAGUACAAAAUUUCAGGUUGUAUAUUUUUUAAAAAAGAUUUUUAUCUUCUACUGAAGUGGGAAUCUUAUUCAUAUAUAACACAGAACUUGAAAUAUUUCAACAGUGCAGAAUUUUGAAGGGAUUUGAAGUCACCAUCCUUCCUGGGGUCAACAGUAGGGCAAAAACACUGACAUUUAUACAAGUCAUUAGAAUAGGAAGUUAAAUUUUCCCCCCAUUCAUCCAAUUUACUAUUAUCUUUUGGAGGUUCAAGAAAUCCCCAUCUUAAAAAAGUAUAUUGUUCCAAAAAUUCAUUUAUUAACUUGGUUGUGUGGAAUGGAAAACACUUCUCAUAGAAUUAUGGUGCUUAAGAUCUCAGGCUAUUUCACGAAAGAUUGCUUGACCCACGAUGUAAAAUAUACACAUGAAAUCAGAUGCAUAUUGUAUUAAAUAGACUUGUUUGAGCUAUCCUGGGAAUUCAUAUUCUCUCUCUCUCCUCUCCUAUCUUCUCUCUCCUCUCCUUCCUCUUAGAAAAAAAAUUAUACCAUUUUUCUAUGUGAAAAUGUGUUGUAUAGCUGGAAUGUAGUGCUCUUUGAAAUGUUUCUUCUCCAGCGAGGGCUUCAAGUGUCUUCAGGAAGUGUCAUCAACAAAGAUUCUUGCAUUUAGGGCUUCUGAAAAGAGUCUUGCUGCAGUAUAGACUAGCCAUUUGUGUGUGAAAUUCCUAGAUGAGGUAGUCUGGGGAGUGCAUGGAUAUUCAAUAAGCAAGCAUUUAUUUAUUAAAUGCCAGAUGUUAUGCUAGGCAGUAGGGGAUACAAAGAGAGAAACAAAACAGUCCCUGCCCUCAACGAACUUAGAGUUUUUCUUACAUGACUAUGUCUCACUUGCAGAUGAACAACAACCAACUUUUUGUAGUAUAGAUAAAACAUGAUCCAGGGGUAAUCUAUGGAUGUUAUUCAUUCUCAGUAAGGAAGAACUCACUUUGACAAAAGUCAGAUAAGUCAAUCAGAAAACAUUUAUUAAGCGCCUACUGUGUGCCCAGCACUGCACUAAGUGCAGACUUCAAGAGGCCAGGAACAAAUUGCUGGCCUAUUUAGGGAGAAAGAUUUAACAGUGACUAAGGAGCUUAUUUUUAUUAAAGCAAGUCAUAAGAUUUUAAACCUAUUAUGGAUGUCCCACCAAAAAGUACAGAUUGAAGAAAACAAAAGAACCCAUAUUGUUGGGAUUUUGAUUCCUUUUCAGUGCCUGUGGAAAUCCUGGAAAUAGGACAGAUUAUAAAAUGGCCUUUAGAACAAAUAACUAUUUUACAGCUCAUAGGACACUGAGCAUUUGAAAAACCUGAUGAUGAUGGUUUUAGUACUGAAAUUUUACUCAAAUGUUGGAGUUUCUUGUACUUGUCAACUUGAUUUCUUCAAGGUGAAUGCACAGCAGAGCAUAUAUAAGCACUACUUUUAUGGAGAAAGAUCUAUUUUCUAUAUUCCUAACAGGAAGUAUUACUUGUGAAGCCUGACGGGCUUUCCUGCACGUUAGGAAGCUUGCUAUUGAAGCUAGCUAGAGAUCCUUUCCUGAAUAAGGCUUCUUCAUAAACUUAGAAUUGCAUGUCAGAUUAAUUAGGCUAUGUUCUCCAUUUGGUUAAGAUGCCACAGUCAGGGAGAAGUAGGAGGUAGGGUGGAGAAGGAAUGACAGUUGGACAGCUAAGUGAACAAUUUUCUUUUGUAAUGUUGAGAAACAACUUCUUUGCUGAAUUUCACUGGUUCUGUCAAUUGUGUAAGUUAAGUGUUUAGUGAUGUUCUCAAAUGAAAAUAGGCUGGACUUUUGUUCAGGACAAAAUCAUUUUGUUUUGUGGUCACAAGAGAAAAAUGUGAUUUUCCCUCCUACCCCGCUCUGCUUUCUGUUGUUUCACAUUUCCUUAUUCCCUAUGCUACCCAAAAUAGGACAGUUACAGAAAGCAAACUACAUGGUGGUUAGGAAUUUUCCUUAUGCUAAUAGGACAGGCAAUCCACACACAGUCUAUACAAGGCAAAGAAACGAGUCUUGUAAACCUGGGCUGCUGCCUCAAUACUUGGAUUAACCUCUUAAAAACCUGAUAAUACUUUUCCUGAUCAUGGUAGAACUGGAUGUAUCCUGUAGCUUGUGAUAGCAUUUGAACUUGAAAUUCCUCUUGUUACUGAUUUUGCUGGACCAGCUACAAUAAUGAAUGUAUAUAUUAAGACUUUGUAGCUGAUAUGCAAAUCAAAAUCAGAUUGCCAACUUCUUGACUUUUGGUAUUAGACAUGGUUUUAUCCAGAAGUUGUGAGCAAUAGAUGUAGCAUGCUGUGAACGUCUAUUAUCUUAUAUUCUUUAAUUCAUCAGUAUUAAUACAAAUUAUCUUUUGUGUUCCUUGGUACUUUUUAUCCAAUGUAAUCAGAAGCUGUGAUGUUUUUGCCUUUGUAGUCCUGUGCUUUGUUACUGUAAUGUUUAAAUUUCUUUUUAUGAAGCACGUGACUUUGGGCUAAUGUGAGGCAGAUGGUGUGAUCCUUAAGACUGCCAUAGUGUACUACAUAAGGUUUCAAAUUAGAAUAAGCUUUUAACAAAUAGACCAUUGAUGCAAUUUAGGAUUCACACAUUCGGUGUCAAACAUCAGUCUUAUAUUUAUAGUUUUAAUUCCAAAAGUAGCAAACUUGAUAAACGGCCACUUUCAAGUUGCCCUUGCUAAAAACAAGCCCCGCUAUCCGUAUAUAAAGUCUAAUGUAGUAGUUAAUGAUAUGCCUUUACAAAACCUGUGCCCACUACAUGAGUCAGCGGUUAAGACAUUUUCUUAGGGGAACCAUGAGAGCUUUUUGCAUUACUAGUUGUUUUUUUUUCUUAUGUUGCUGUUUUUGUAACUGACUAUAAACUGACAUGAACAGAUCAGUUGGAGUAUAAUAUUCUAGUGCUUUUAGUCUGAAUUUCUUUGGGGGAGAAUGGUAAUAUUAUUUGACCAGAUGCAGAAGGAACUGUUAGUGAGAGUCGAGACAAACAACAUUUUAAAUAAAGGAAUUGUGUAUUAACAUGUUAACAACAAUUCAUAAAUCUGCACUUUUUAUGACAUUUUGAAAUUCUAUUUAUAGGUACGGAACAAUGGGGUUUGUUAAACUGUAUCACAUUUAUACUUGCUGAAAUUUCUUUCAUUGUUAUUAGUAGGAAUUUUAUUGGUUCAAUAAAAUUGGCAAAACCAACCUC